UUUUUGAUGCCAAACGACGCGGAAAAAUUCAAGGGCCCCAAAAAACCACACCCGGACGGAAAAUUCGCCCGGAAAAUGCGAGAAAAUUGCAAAAAACUUUCUUCCACCAUGAAGUUGGCUCAACUUCGUCACUUUUUCUCCUUUUGAGGUUAGAUUUUCUCUUUUUGAGGUUAGGUUAUUUAGUGCAAAAAUAUUUUUUUCAUCUUUGGAUUUUCGGGAAGUUCCCGAUUUUUGGGUAUUCCGGGACUUCCUGGCUGUACAGUUGUGCUCCAAGGGGGUGUGGAAGGACGUCUAAAGAAUAACUCACGUGUUUUAUGGGGUUUAUGUGAAGAAAGCAUCGUGAAAUUGUGAUUUCCUCCAAGGCUGGAAAAUUUAUUUAGAUGAAAUGAUUGAAUCUGUGAGAUCCCUGUGAAUCCCUGGCUUGAUUACUUAACGCCACCGUGUUCCUGGUCAUCCUUGGCUGUGUCCAAGACCCAUCGAGAGGCACUAUGCAAUACCAGAGGCUGUAGAAUAAGAAGAAAACGAAUUGUAAAAAAGUUGAGAAAAAUGGAUGAAGUUGUUUUUCGUGUGGAGCAAAAUUUGGAAGCACUCCAGGUACGAAUGGGAAUGGCAGCUGAGAGUGGAAUGAGAAUGGUACGACAGGCAUCGGAUGAGGGAAGAAAUAUGGCACUGAGGGCCCUUCAGGAUCCCUCAUUUGACGGUGUCCGGAAUUCCUUUCAGAGCAUCUGGACAAGUUGUCUUGAUUUUCUCAAUAGAAUACGCUACACUGCCCUUGAGCUGACAGAUCCACAAAUUUUCUACCAGCAACUUCAACUCUUCUUCCAGGAUGAGAUUUCCCGGAAUAAUGCCUUUUUUGUGUGCGUGGGACUCGGUCUGGGAACAGCUGGUGGAUUCUUCUUGGGUCUCUGGCUUGCACGGCCAUCCCUCUCAGCACCCGUCAUGAAGGCCAUCGCAUGCACUCACACCGGCUACCCAGACACAGUCUCCCUCACAAGGGUAUCCGUACCACAAAUGUUCUCCACCUCAGACAUCCUUAUUCGCAUCCGUGCUGCAUCCUUCCAUCGACUGGAUGAGAGAAUUUCCCACGGAUACGGACGUACCCUCCGUCGUAUGAUCUCCCCACAUCCCGAGAGUCCCCUCGUUCUCGGAAGAGCCGCCUCGGGGGUUGUAGAAGCCGUUGGGCAGGAUUGCCGUAGUGGCUUGGAGAUUGGUGAUGAGGUAUGGCUGGUGGCGCCAUGGUAUGCCCCUGGGGUGGCAUCAGAGAUGGCCAUUGUGCCCGAAAGUCGCGUUGGCCGGAAACCCUUCAUUACGGGCUUCGAGGGGGCCGCAAGUCUCCCCUAUAGUGGCUCCGUAGCCAUGGGGGCACUCAAGCAGGCCGAAUUGGGGGAAGACACGUGCGCCGGGAAGCGAAUCCUUGUCCAGGAUGGGUGCUCACCCGUUGGAUGUGUUCUCACGCAAUUAACGAAAAAAUGGGGCGCUACUGUGACUGCAACGUGCUACGUGCGUUCUGUUCCUGUGAUCCGGGCACUCGGAGCUGACGAUGUGAUCACCUUGCGUGGAGAAAGCCCUUCAGAUGGACUCUUCCUAUCGACGGAUUCGAGUCUUGUGGAGAAAUUCAACUUGAGUCAUGCCCUGGCCACGCGUGAGGUCAUCUUCGAUGUGAUUUUCUUCACCACACCCGUUACAUACGACAAGAAUUUCCUGUACAAAUAUCUCACAUCCGGUGGGAGGAUAAUUGACACGUACGAGGUGCCCCUCAUGACGGAUGAUUUUGGCUUCCUGGGACGUAUGGCUCUGUCGUGGUUUGUCACCUUACGACGUCUCGUUGGUUGGGUGCUGCGAAGUCCUCCGGAUUGGGGUGGACCCCAUUUGUGCCAUUUGACCCUUGACCAAUUGGCGGGGUAUGUAAAUGAGGGUCUCCUGCAGACUGUUGUUGAUCAAGUAUUCACCCCGGAAGAUGCUCAACGGGCCAUUGAGCAUAUUUGCAGUGAAAAAGCCAUUGGGAGUACCAUUGUUACGUUCCGGGAUGGCAAAUAAGAGAAAAGAUAGGAUGAAAAAAAUUCUCGAAAAAUUGUUCAAAAUAAAAAGUCAAUGCUGUACAGAAGAAAA